AUGACGCGGUUGGUGAAGGGUGAUGAGGAGAAUGAGGGACCGGCGUUGACGUUGAUAGCGGGGGUAGGGGUGAUGUUCGAGAAUCGGCGGAGGAAUAAGUUCUCGGGGUUCGUGAAUGAAAGGAAUGUGGGGAGUAGGGAGGACAGGACCGUUCAGGUGGAAGUGAUGGAGAGCCUAGGCAAUUGUCCCAAGUACAUCAACACUAGGAUGUUGGUUCCCAACCCACAACAUCGCCCUGUGAUGCUGCACAAUUCACUCCACCUCAAGCCAGGAGAACUUCUCCCAAAAGACACGCUGGAUCACAUAGCUCAAGCGGAUACGAUCUUCCUAGCCACGCGAUACACCUCCCCCACCCAAACCAUCUUCAAAUCCCACCUCGGCAUCAACCACCGCGGCGGCAAACCUGGCUUCCUCCGAAUCACCACCGUCGCCGACGGCGAAACGCAACGUCAAGUGGUCUACCUCCCCGACUACUCCGGAAAUCGCUUCAUGAGUUCGCUCGGCAACAUCCACAGUGACGGUGUGGCCGGGAUCACGAUUCCACUAAUGAAGCAGGGGCUGCCGAUCGACGUGGUGUACCUCACGGGGGAGGCGAAGGUGUUGCUAGGUGAAGAGUCGAGUAGCAUCUUCCCUGGAGUAAGCACUUGUGUCAAGGUAGAGUUGACCGGGUUCAUGCAUGUGAAGGAUGCGAUGGCUUUGAAGAUGGCGGAAUCGUUUGAUCCUACUUCCGGAGUGGAGGAUUUCAAGACCGGCACGAAGGAGGAUGGGGUUGGAUGGAGCCCGUACAACCCGCCUAUCAGGAGGCUCCGAUCGGAACUAUCCUCCACGACAGCCAAGAACCAAGCGAUCGAAACCAACAACGAAGCGACCAUCACAGCCUUCGAACCGCACACCCCGGACCUCGCUACUCUGACAUUCCGCCUCUCAACCCCGAUCAAGUACUCCGCAGGUCAGCACAUCAUCCUCGACUGUGCAAGGUUACUCAACUCGGAGGUGAAAGAGUACAAACACAUGUCGGUCAAGUACGGUGGUGAACAAGAGCUGAAUGAUGGUGGAUUGAGAACGUGGACGAUUAGCUCUGCACCUCAGAAGCAAGAGGAGGAGGAGGUGAAAGUGACGAUGCGAAGGGUGGAAGGCGGGUUGAUCACGCCGAAGCUAUUCGAGGCUGCGCAAGAGGGGCGGGAGAAGGUGGUGUUGCCGGUGUUGGGUGUGGGGGGAGAUUUCGUGUUGCCCAGUCAGAGUCAAGGGAAGAAGAUGCUGUGGGUAGCGUCGGGUGUGGGGGUGACGCCUUUCUUGUCCUUCCUGCGCUCGCUCAUACGGUCGAAGCGUGAGGAGAUGGAUAUCACGUUGGUGCUGGCUGUGCGCAGAGCAGAAGCAGCGGUAAUGCUCGGUCUCGUUCUUUCUGCUGCAGCUGCUGCGGGAAUUCCGUUGGUCGUCGGAAAGUUUUCGGUUCACGUCUUCUCAGCAGGUUUGACGGAGGAUGCUGUCGGCGUGGCGCAGACAGAGGGCGCAGCGUUCGACAUUACAGUUGCGAUACAUGAUGUCCGUCUCACGCCGGACCUCUUACUCUCGAUAUGUGGCGCAGACGCGGAAAAGGCCGAAGCGUGGGUGUGCGGCCCACCUUCGCUCGAAACCUCCGUGAUGCAGACGUUGCAGCAGGCUGGUUGGUCAGCGGACAAGGUUCAUCGCGAAUCGUUUGCUUUUUGA